AUGAGGACACUUUUCAGGCCUGGCAGCUCAGUCGGUGCUUCGGCAGGUCAAGCUGCUAACGUUACUCAAGGCCAAACUGGAGGAUUGCGGCAAUCUUUGCGAUAUCAGACUCAGAAACACUUUGGCAGCUGGAGCUCCCGGUCAAGGAAAAGGGCCAAAACACAUUUUCACGAUACUUUCAACAAAGAUGUCAUCCUUCUUCCAACGCCAUCAAGCAGUGUCGUUGUCAAGCAUCGCAUAAAGCAACAGUUACAUGAACAAGGACAUAUAUUGAAUGGAUUUGAAUUCCAGAAAUCCUGGCACCACAGGACUGUCACUGAACAAAUAAGGGAUGCCUUUGGAGAAAAGCUCUCUGCUAAUGUGAGCAUAGAGUUUCUGAUGGCAUGUGGCCACAAAUUGAUUUCACCCAAACUGCGCGCUGGACAGGAGCUGGAUGCGAGUCUCAUACACAAAGUAUAUAAAUCAAAAGCCCUGUACAUUAGACCAUCAAAGCCAAUUUUGGAUGAUAUUACAAGCUAUUGCAGUGAAGAGAGCAACUGUGAGGAAAACAGUGGUUCAGCAAGGCAGCUGCGCUCCUCAUCUUUAACACAAAAUAGACACUCAGACAGUUUCACCAGUCUAAUGGCUGCCUCCUCUGGCUCCCCACCGAACUGUACUCUUGAAGUUCAAACUUUUGCCUCGUCACAUGUGUCUGGAGCAUUAUUCUCUCAAACUCCUGCCUUGACCAAUCAAAGAAGUAACUCACCCAACCACAGCAGCAAUUCGGCAAGCACUUUGUCUAGUCAACUGCCAGUGCGCUCACUGGCAAUCUGCCCUUCCACCAGUCAGCCUUCUACCUCAACUCAACUGUUUCAGUUAAUCCGCCUCUGGUGGAUCUCACUGGCCAAAGUUUCUCAAGCUCACCUAACCAGAGCAGCAGUUCCACAUUAGCCUCUACCUCAACACACCAUCAAUCAGGGAACUAUGAUAACUACCUUUCAGUAAUGUCUGCACUGUCUGA